AGCAGCAGUCUGCCGUGCCCUGACGCAUUAUUUUUCUCGUUUACGUUUCACUCCCAUUGCCAACAAAUAAUAAACAUCUCUACACUGAAACAACAAAUCUGAGUAAGUCCACUGGGACUAUAAGGCGGCGCGUUUAUUUCUACAAUGGGCAACAGAGACGAUGAGUACGAUUUCUUGUUCAAAGUGGUUCUGAUUGGAGAUUCUGGCGUGGGAAAGAGUAACUUGCUCUCACGUUUUACGCGGAAUGAGUUCAACCUGGAGAGCAAGAGCACAAUAGGCGUGGAGUUCGCCACCCGCAGCAUCCAGGUCGAUGGGAAGACGAUAAAGGCGCAGAUAUGGGACACGGCCGGGCAGGAGCGCUACCGAGCUAUUACCUCGGCUUAUUAUCGGGGAGCAGUUGGAGCCCUCUUAAUUUAUGACAUCGCCAAACACUUGACUUAUGAAAAUGUGGAACGCUGGCUGAAGGAGUUGAGAGACCAUGCAGAUAAUAACAUCGUCAUCAUGCUGGUUGGCAACAAAAGCGACUUGCGGCAUCUCAGAGCAGUGCCCACCGAUGAAGCGCGUGCCUUUGCAGAGAAAAACAAUCUUUCAUUUAUUGAAACUUCAGCACUGGACUCAACAAAUGUGGAGGAAGCUUUCAAAAACAUAUUGACAGAGAUCUACCGCAUCGUUUCACAGAAACAGAUAGCAGACAGGUCGGCCCAUGAUGAGUCGCCAGGCAACAAUGUGGUGGACAUAAGUGUGCCACCCACCACAGACGGACAAAGAGGGAACAAACUCGCAUGUUGCCAGAAUCUAUAAUCAUCGUUUUCUCCCCCACACACCUCUCUUUCCAUAUUGUGUCGCUGGCAAACUCAACGUCUCUACCAAUUUUUGUGUAUUAUAUUUUCUUUUGAUAGCUUGUCAAAUUACACAUACUACUGCCACAAUAAAAUUUUGGUAUCUUAAUUGUUUCUGUUGAAUUCUAUAUGGCAUUAUCACCGUAUGUCUUGGAGAACAUGGUUGAGAUGUGU